AUGACAUCUUUUAUUCAAGAUUAUAAAACAUGGAGAGUUAAUUUGAUGAAAACAAAUGGAAGUGGAGCUGGAAACACAAGUUACAUCCCCUCACUUACACCUGCCAACUUUAUGUUACGGAGUACUUUCAAAGUGGUUGAUGGAGUCAAACAAGAUGUGGUAAAAGAAGAAUCGGAAUCGUAUUUCGCCAGAAUUCUAUUGUAUCAUUUAAGUGAUGAUGGUUUGGCAGUGUUGAAGGUUUCAAGACCGACCCUGGAUGAUGACAUUUCCAAAAUUCUCCAAAGUGAUUCUGGAUUUGUAGCUAAGAUCACCAAAUAUGCCAAACUUUGGUUACUUGGUAGUAUCUUUCAACAAAAGAGCAAUGAUAAAUCAAUUCCGUGUGAAGUGAAAGGAGAUGUUGUCCAAGCUGAAUUUAAACAGAUCCAGUCAGACCCACUUAUUUUAAGCCUCAAGAUGAGAUUGGCAUUUUUGGCAAUUUGUAGAAAAGCACCAGAGUUCCUUCCAUAUGCAUAUCAGGUAGACAGUCUCCAAUUGGUCAGCAAAGUAAGAACCUAUCUUUUGGAUGAUACCUAUAAAAACAAUUGGGUUAGAUCCAACUUUGACCGUUUGAAGAGUAAAAUGAAUGAUAAUACCGCCAAGGAUGAUGAAGUUUUCAAUGAACUCAAGACCAAAUUGGAUAUUUUGGAUCCAUCAUACAGUCUCUCCAAUGAAAUAACCAAUACCUAUUACUCUUCAUUAUUGGUACUAUUUGGAUCUAUCAGUCUUAAGGACACACCUGCCACCAGACUGCUAUUCAAGAGAAUGACUCAAGACGCACUUCAAAAGAUUGAAGCCAAUCCGAAACAUGAAUGGUAUGAAACUGUGGUUUGGGCGAAGAAACAAUUUCAAGGAAAUAUCGCAAGUAUGGCAAAUCAAAUAUCACGUGCUAUGAUGGAGUCUCUAUCAGGCUCUCAAUGGAGACUUGGAGGUGCGUCUGUCGAUAAUAUUUUGACUUUGGAAAACGCAAGAUAUAUUGGAAAGCUUCAAAAGAUCGCAAAUGCUUCAGGAGUAUCUCUUUCAAGAGAAGCAUACGAAAAAUUCAAAAACAAUAAGAAUUUCUUCAGAAUGUCUUCUGCAAUAUUCUUAAUGUGUAAUGCUGCUGGUAUCUAUGCUGCUUUCAGAUCUUGGGACAAAUUAACCACUGUCGAAAAAGUGUUGACUUGGGUCAAUGUUGGUUUAUCAGGUGUAGAUGUUAUCACUUCAUUGGUAGAGCUUUUCGCUCCAUAUAAGAUUACCGAUGGUAUUCUUACCAAAAGAAAUGUAUUCACUUGGAUUGGAAGUAAGUUUAAGAAAUUAACUCCUUCAAGAGUUACACCAUACAGAGCAGCUAAUCUGGCCAGAAAUACAUCCAAAUGGUCGAAAUACAUGAAACCUGUUAAGGUCCUCAGAGCAGUUUCUGUUGUUUUGAUCGUAGUAUCGAUGGGAUUCACAAUAUAUGAUAUCGUAACCGCAGUCAAUGAUCAAGACUGGGGUAUGUUAACACUUUCAGUUGCCGAAUUUGCAUUGGAACUUGGUCUUUUAAUAGCUACUGUCAUUACUGCAUGGACAGGACCUAUUUGUUUGGCUCUUACCGUUGCAUUGGUGGUUGUCGGUGUCAUGAAAAUGUUUUGGGAAGAUAUUAAACAAUUCUUUGUUAAUACCUACAAUACUAUUCAUGAUUUCUUUAAUGAUCUAUUCAAUGGAUCUCCAACCGGGAGAUACGUAAGAUCUGUUCAAUCACAAUACCAAUUAACAACCGCUGAGUACCUUGCCAAGUGGAAAGAGUUAAACAACGUUAAACCCAAUAGUGACGCUGAUCAGUUGAUCACCGCAAUGAUGAACAUGGCUCGCGCCAAUGAAAAAUAA